AUGGUCACUGCAGCCGCAAGAAGACUCAGAGACUCGCGAAGAGGAGCUCAAGGCCAAAUUCUGAGAGCCCCUGCUCGAACAGGGGCGGCCGGAAUGGAACGUUUUGGCGAUUCGAUGCAGUCUGCCGUCGAUAUCAUCCGUCCGCUCGCUGAAAACAGUUUCGUACCGCAACUGGUCAACGAGACGCAAAAUUUGGGGAAGACGCCGGUCCAGACCGAAGCCGGGGGGGAAGUUAAUGACAAUCUGGCAGAUGCGAAAAUCGCCCACAAGAAGGAGAUCGAAGAGCUUAUUAUCCUGCAGGAGGAAGUCAUUCGCGAUAAGAACUGGGGAAUGGAGCAAAGUAUUGCAAUGGAGAAGCAGAAAGCUGAAGAACGCCUUGCCGAAAUUGAAAAGGCGCGAAAAGCGUGGAAGACCGGCAGACAAGGAAGAGAGAUGAUGUGA